UUGUUGUUAGACGAGUAUCACUGAUAUCAACUCCAUUACUUGCUGAAAGACAGUCUACUUGAUACACGUUUUUAACUGUUUGUAUAUUAAAAAUAAUUACAAGCAAAAUGAAAAAUGCAACAAAUGUACCAUUGUCACCAAUAUAUUUUAAUUUAGCCGAAUAUUGUUUAUUUGGAAUAAUUUUAGGUGUUAUUAUAGGAAUAAUAGUGUAUUUUAAUAUAGUAAAUAGAAAGUAUAAUACUGUGAACGGAUUUUUGUUUGGUGGCAAAAAUAUGUCAGUGAUUUCUGUUUCAUUCUCUCUUAUUGCAAGCCAUUUAACGAGCAUUACCUUGUUGGGAGUUCCCGUCGAGAUAUAUUUGAGAGGAACGCAAUACUGGGCAUCGGCCUUAUCUUUAAUCAUUGUCACUUUUCUCUCUGCAAUUAUAUAUUUACCAGUAUUCCAUAAAUUACAAUUAAACUCUAGUUUUGAAUAUCUGGAAAUAAGAUUUUCUACACAUACACGAACGGUGGCCGCAGUUCUAUUCGUCAUCAGUAAACUUAUGUUGUUACCAAUUGUUCCAUAUGUGCCACUUCUGGCUUUUAGAUUAGUUACAAAUCCUUUUGCUGGUCGCAUAACAGCAGUUAUUUGUGUAACAUGUGCAACUCUCAGUGCUGUGGGAGGCUUAAGAGCUAUAAUCAGCAUUGGAAUAGUUACGACAUUUUUAGCAGUAGCUGGCACAGCUCUACCUAGCGGACUAGCUAUAUUACCUAUGGGAUUUAAAAGAAUGUGGGAACUAGCCAGUCAUAGUGGUCGACUCGUCUUAUAUGAUCCAGAUCCAGAGUUGGCACAUCAUACAUCAUUUUUCGCUGUAACCUUAGCACUAAGUACAAACUGGCUAUGGAAAAUAGGGCUCAGCCAAGGAUCUUUGCAAAAGCUUCUGUCUGUUCCUACAAUAACCCAGGCUAGAAUAUGUUUGACUGUAGCCUGUAUAGGAGUUAUAUUAAUGAAGUUGCUGUCUUGUUUUCUUGGUUUAGCUGUAUAUGCUUGGUUUGCAGGAUGCGAUCCUUUAUUAGCUGGAAAAAUUCAUAAACAUGAACAGCUUGUCCCGCAAUUUCUUAAUAGUCUAUCAGCAAUGUUCCCCGGUAUUUGUGGAAUAUUCAUAAUUUCAAUAUUCAGUGCAACAACAGGUUGCAUCGCUACUCUUAUCAAUUCAGUAUCUGGAGUUUUAUUCGAAGAGUUCAUAAGACCAUGGAUACCUAAAAGUACCAGGGAACCGACAUGCUGCAGAAUAAUGAAGCUUUUAUGCAUACUUGUCGGUUUGUACUGCGCUAGUGUAGUUUGGUUUGCUAAAGAUUUGGAUCGACUUCAACACGUAGCAUCUGGAGUAACAGGAGUUACAGCUGGUACACUUCUCGGACUGUUCACUUUGGGCAUUGUUUUUACCAGAGCUAAUUGUUCAGGCGCACUAAGCGGCUGCUUACUGAGCCUGAUGCUCUGUGGUUGGCUCCUCAUAGGGGCUGAAAAUGCUCUCGCAACGGGAGCGUUGACCUUUCAAGGGAAGCCUUUGGUGAUAGCGGGCUGUGGGAAAACCAACUUCACUUACGUUCUGGAUAAUGUUACAAACGCAAUUCCUGUUGCUGUGACUCAAUUGCCAGCCAAACCUCUGCAGUCUCUCUUUCGAAUCUCAUUCACGUACUGUCCAUUCGCCGGCGCCAUAUCGGUCCUACUAAUUGGAGUACCAAUGAGUUAUCUAACUGGAAAAUCCAGAACUGAAUCCAUGAAUCCCGACGUCUUCUGCCCAUUAGCUCAAAGUAUGCUGUACAAAUCUUCAUCUAGAAGUAGCACGGAGUCUAUAGAAGUUGGCCCUCGUGAUACUCUAGAAGUGCAUAUGGCUUUAGAUGAGGCACUACGGCAUCUAAAAGAAGUUAUAGACCGCUGAUAAAUAUUAAAGAUCUUUUUUUUAAAUCAUACUUG